CUCGUAGACGUACACCUAUUUUUCAUUCAGAGCGAAAUUGGUGUAGUUUUCGUAGAAAAAAUUAAAUGCUGAUGUAAAAACACUAGAUAACCCAUCAAAAUUUCGCUAUCAAAUACACUAAUUUGUAUUAACAAGUGCAACGAGAAGGACUUUGGUGCGGAGGAGGAGACGACAAGUGCAGGAAAAUGAGUAGCAGUACGUCAAGCUUAGGCCGUAAGGACAAGGAUGCGGAACGUACAAAAUUGAUGCAGGAAAAAUGUCAAUCCCUAUUAACGCAAAUGCUUCGAGACGAAGAUAAUAAAUAUUGUGUCGAUUGCGAUGCAAAGGGUCCUCGGUGGGCUUCAUUUAACCUUGGUGUAUUCCUUUGCAUACGCUGCGCGGGCAUACAUCGUAAUCUGGGUGUACACAUAUCGCGUGUGAAGUCUGUCAAUUUGGAUGCUUGGACUCCUGAGCAGGUGAUCUCAUUGCAGCAAAUGGGAAAUUCCAGGGCACGUGCCGUCUACGAGGCUCAGUUGCCGGAUUCAUUUAGACGUCCCCAAACGGACACGGCACUGGAAUCUUUUAUACGUGCCAAGUACGAGCAUAAGAAGUAUAUUGCGUUGGAAUAUCGUGAAAAUUCACCACCAAAAGUGGAUUGGGCUAAAGAGUGGAAGAUUGACGAGGAAUUGGAGCGACAAAAGCGAAAAAAGAAGGCCGCCCAGGGCACUUUGUGUAUAGGUAAUGCCAGUGGUAGCGCUUCUGAUAAACGUGUCUCAACGACAAUUGCAAAAUGUGCUCCACUGCCGGCACCCCUACCUAAGCCCAAACCCAAUCAAGUGGGUGGCAGUAGCCCUAAAGUAACGCAUCGUGUGCAAAACAGUAACAUCAACAAUACUGCCGGCGAAAGUGAUCUUCUAGGCUUGUCAUCACCUACAAAGCCAAUAGCUACUAAUACGGGUGCGCAAGAUCUGCAGAAUGAUAGUUUCAGCAGCUUCCUUAGUGCCAGUAGCAGCACUGGAAUUAUCGGUGUACCCAGCACAACGCCGGAGAAAACGAAUGGAAAUAUUGGCGAUGCCUCUGGAUCGGGUAUGCAAGCGAAUUCAUUGGCCCAAGAGGAGCAGGACUUCUUUAAUCAAGGUUCACUAAGUUGCAAUGAAAAGGAGCAAUCGGGCAAACUGUCAAAAGACAGCAUAUUGGCUUUAUACGGCAAUCCACCUGCGUCUCACAACCAACAGAUGAAUUUCGGCGGCUUCACAGGCAUGGCCCCCGGCGGCUAUAUGCAUCAUCAGCAGCAUCAGCAGGUGCCACAGCAACCACAUCCUCAUCAGUUCAUGACACCACCAAAUUCAGUUAGCAUGUAUAAUGCGCCAGUAAUGGCCGCACCCAAUGCAUUCAGCAGCGCACCCAGCGGCAGUAUGAAUUUAGUUGGUGGCGUCAACUUUGGUGGGCAAUUCCCCAGUUCUGGUGGCAGUCCAUAUGGGGCUAAUAGCAAUCUGGUGGGACAAGCAAGUGGCGCCAAUUUAAUGCAGACCAAUCAAAGCCUUCUAAGUGGAGUUUCUCUUUUCGGUGGUGUACAAUCUCAAGUCAAUCCACAAUCACAACAUCUUGGCGUAGGCAUGAAUGCUAUGCAGCAAAUGGGAAGUGGAGUACCACCACCGUUGGCGGGAGGAUUUUCCACGACAGGAAGCAGUGCAAAUGCCGCGUCAGCGACAUCAAAUCUAAAUCAACAGUUUGGUAACCUAAAUAUCGGUAAUGUUUGGCAAUAAAAACACAGUUAUUAUUUUACACCCUUUAUUUACGGCCUGUGCCUGUCCAUUUGGUGUGCAAGCAGUUGAUUAAUAAUUAAAUAUAAUAUUUGUAACUUGCCGCUAAACCAAUCCAUUGUGUUCUUCAACUUACCUUGGAUUGUACGUAAUAAGUGACUACUGCAUUGGUAGAAGAAUUCCCACACAAACCUGUAUUUGGUGUGCAAGCAGUUGAUUAAUAAUUAAAUAUAAUAUUUGUAACUUGCCGCUAAACCAAUCCAUUGUGUUCUUCAACUUACCUUGGAUUGUACGUAAUAAGUGACUACUGCAUUGGUAGAAGAAUUCCCACACAAACCUGUAUUCAAUAAGCCAUUUGCAAUAAAAAAUAGUUUUCACGUUUGAAAACAGUGCGUAUCCGACCAAAAUUUGUUGCUAUGCACCUAUCAAAAUCCAAUAAAUAUUAAUAAUCGAGAAAAUAAA